AGAUCAACAUCGGCCCACUUCUACUUCAACGUCAACUUUCACAGUUGAUCUCGACUAUUGCAGCAAACACUUUCGACAAUGGCAGCUCCUAUCGUUCCUGGUCUUCGCCACCUCAUCCCCGUACUGUCAUCCACUGCCUCUGUUGCAUUCUGCUUCACAGAGUACUGGACUCUUUUGCCUUUCCGCCGAUCCGACAUCCCACCUGAGUCCCUGUCCCACUUCUUUGAUGACUACUUCUACAACACGAUUCCAGGCUGGGCAGGAUUUGGUCUCAUCAGUUCCAUCUCCGGAUACCUUUGCUUCCGUAAUACCACCGGCCUAGCGAGAACACUGUAUGGCUGGGGAACAGUCCUUACUCUUGGUCACUAUGCUUUCGGCCCCCCCAUUUCCAAAGUUAUCAAGGGAAUGAUCUAUGGUCCCCAUGACAAGACCAAGGGUCUACUGAAGGAUUGGUUGAAGAUCCAUACGGUUCGGACUCUGAUGAUGGAUAUCCCUGCCAUGGCAUGCUUUGUUGCAGCACUCUCUUAUUUGCUUUGAGACGUCGAUCUCUUUUAUCGCUAUACUCAAUCAUGAGUCAUCAUAUGAUUUGAGUGCAAGCCCAUGAUGCGUUGCUUGGUCUGGUGGGGGAAACAUGGCCAAUGAGUUUGCGAGUACCACGAAUACACAAAAGACGUCCGUCGUGGUACUACACACAUUCAAUGCAUCUGUGCAAAUUGUGAUUACGAUAUCUGCUGGCAGUUGCUGUUAGCAGCGGCCCGGGCCAUGUUCGGGCCCAUGUUGUUAGUCUGCCUUGGAUCUUGUAAGUGUUAAUCUAGGUAUCCAUGCAUUAUCAACUUUAAAAUCUUCUUCCAAAGCCAAGGGUCAAUUGCUCCAGAAGAGUCGUCUCGUUAGCUAUGGU